ACCAUCUUAUACGUCGGGGCCUAAAAGAAUACAAAAUAUUAGGAACCAAGGAAGUUCGUUUAUAUAUACGUCGCGGAUUCGCAGCCCCUCGAAAUCGCUCUUAAAGCAAAUCGAAAGAAUUAGGGUUUGUUUGCUCUUCAGUUGGCUUCGGGAAAGUUUCUUUCCUGCGACGAAGAACUUGGAGUUUAUCAACCAGCGGCGGAGGAUCGAGGAAUCGACGGAGAAGAAGUAGCGGACAAGGACGCCGACCAAGGAAAGUCAUCCUCUUCCAGCGAAAUGUCAUCCCUAAACCGGGAUGGACUUCAGUUUGACGACCUCGACACCAAUUACGAGUCCGGAGAGGAUUACGAGUACGUGCGCGGCGCCGAGUCCGACGAGGCCGAUUCUGACGGGUCCGAAUCCGAGCCCGACGGGUCGGGGUCAGGGUCCGAGUCCGAGUCCGACUGGUCCGAACACCACGCUUUCCUGUUCGACCCUUUUUUGGAUGAAUGGUCUAUAAAAAAUGAGGAAGAAUUGGAGAAAUAUUAUGAUGUGGUAUUUAAUUUGGAGAAGACAAGAGGCCGUUUUUUUAACUGUCUUGAAGACUUGAAGACUGGUGGCGUUUUCUACAGAUCUGUUAAGAACAGGGUGAAUACUGCUAUUAUUCACUAUAACAAGAAAAAUCAAACUGGCUUUAGAGCAGGCAAGAUUUUGAAUUGCGUUCUCAAUGCAGCUGGGGGUGCCAAGCUUUAUUUGACCUUUGUGGCCAAGGAUUUCAAUACUGGUGAUGUGCGGGAAUUCCAAGCGUGUGUGUAUGAAUCUGCUGCUGGGGGUGAUAGGAGAGUCAACCUUUGCAGGCUUAAAAUUCCUAAGGAACCAUGCGAGGGUGAUGGCAAAUGCAUUUGAAGGAGGUGGGAUUUCAUGAUUGACUUGGGAAUUGAGCGGAUGCCACUGUGUUUGGAGAUUUGAAUCUUUGCUGAAAUCACUUUGUUGCUGGCUGCUGAUUUGGUUUUUGUUGGUGUGGUCGUUGACUCAAAACACUUUGUUGAUGAUUUGGUCUUUUUGUUUUAUGUCUGCGUUUGAGUUUAUUGGGAUGGUCGUCUACCAUGUGGUUGCUGAGUUUUAUUUGUAUUAAAUGAGAUUGUUAAUUGUGUAAUUAAAGAAGGUAUGGAAGCUUACUAUCUGGGAACUCGAGACUCGCUACUAGGUGAAACCUCCUUAAUGCUGAUAGCGGAAGUGGGUCCAACGGCAACCUCUUGUAAUCCCUCAUCAGCCUCUUAGUUGUCCGACAUUGAUGGGGCUAGGGAUUGGUUGGACAGAGUCCUGGGAGUGGAUGAUCGUGUGUAGCUUAUAAAUUGAACCCUGUUUUAGGUUGAAAA